AUGGGAGCAGCCGGUGGAGGCUGGUCUAAUGAGGCCAUUCGACAGGUCCCUGCCCCAGCAAAGAGGGCCUAUAUCUGGCUCGCUGUCAUCUGGGCCUCUUAUUGUGGUGGUCUCCAUGGCUUUAACACAGCCAAUAUUUCUGGGACUAUGAGUCUCAAGCCAUUCAAACGAGACUUUGGCUGGACAGAUCUCCCCGUCUUGGUAGUCUCCAACUACUCUGGCUGGGUGGUCUCCUCGAUGCUUCUGGGUCAAACUGUCGGUGUUCUGUUGUCUGGGCCAUUGGGCGAGCGCCGUGGACGAAAGUCCGUAGUCAUGGCCGCAGCUAUUUUCUACACGAUUGGUGCCAUUCUAAUGGCCGCGAACUUUGGUUCUCUCGCAGAAUUGCUUGUCGGUCGAGUCCUCUCCGGCGUCGGAUCCGGCCUUGGAAUGACAGCAGGCACUAUCUACAUUUCUGAAGUCGCUCCAACCGAGAUGCGAGGAAUGAUGACCACCUUCUAUAACAUUAAUAUCAUGAGCGGUGUAGCUGGCAGUUACUGGAUCAACUAUGGUUCCCUCGAAAUCAUCCCGGUCCAAUCCAGCUGGCAGUGGCGUACGACUCUGGUCUUGCAGCUGAUUCCUUCAGUUGUCCUCUUUAUUGGAUGGCCAUUCUUUCCUGAAAGUCCUCGAUAUCUUAUGAUGAGGGGACGAGAGGAAGAAGCACAUGCCAGUUUGCUCCGUCUUCGUGGCUUGGAACCUACCGAUAGCUACUUCUCUCGCGAGUGGGAUGAACUAAAAGGCCGUGUGAACGCAAACACAGAAGUCCAAUCGGCUCUGAUAGCAUUCAAGUCUCUUAUUGGAUCCUGCAUUACCGAUCCUCCAACUCGCAAGAUGCUCAUAUUCGUCAUCAUAAUCCAGACCUUCUUCAUCAUGAGCGGUGGCAACUCGAUCACAUAUUAUGCGCCGACGAUUUUGAAAACAAUCGGCCUGGACUCAGAGCAAGUCCUUUUAUUCAGUGCUGUGUACGGCCUCAUCAAAGUUAUCAGCGUUUUCCUCUAUGCCUUCUUCCUGACCGAUCGUUUCGGCCGCCGCCCAUUACUCCUCAUUGGCUCCGCCAUCAACACCGUGUGUCUGCUAUAUCUCUCAGUCUAUCUCGGUGUAUCCGACCUCUCCAGUUCAUCUGAUAGUCCGUCGCCAGCAGCAUGGGUGGCCAUCGUGGCCAUCUGCAUCUUCGCAAUCGGCUAUGGAUUUGGUUGGGCGCCAGCCUUCUCUCUGACAGCGUCUGAAAUCUGCCCAACCUCAAGUCGAGGUACUGUCGUGACGAUUGCUUUUAUUUACCAGAAUCUGCUCAAUUUUGGAAUUUCUCGUGGUUUCCCAAACAUGACCGAGACAAUGCAUGCAUGGGGUCCUUUUUCACUUUUCACUGCGUUUACGGGAUGUGCCACUGUAUGGGUGUUUGUAGCUUUCCCUGAGUGCAAGGGUCGGAGUAUGGAGAGUGCACAAUCAUUGUUCUCCUUGCCUUGGUACAAGAUCGGAUCUGUUAAACUACCUGCUGUUGAUGAGCAAACCGCCAAUUUGGAUAUCAAUGUGGACGUGGAGAAAGCAACAAGCAGUGAACAUGAAGAGAAUGUCGAGUCGGGGAGUGUGAGGAAGAUCUGA